AUGGCAUCCAAAACACCUGUUAGCAAGUACAAGCACACCUACGGAACCCCAGCACAGGCUACUGAUCACCUCUACGGUCUGAUCGCUGGUGCAUGCUCUCAAGACUCCAAUGUCCUCCAGACAAAUGGCGCAUACUUGGCAUUCCCAUGUAAGGUACCAGGUACUGUUGCAAUCGUGCCAAUUGGCACAAAGGGUCAACUGCCAGAAGAUACACCAAUCCUCGAGCAUGAGGAACAGGUCAAUGAGAUUGCUUUCUCACCUUUCAAGGACAACUUGGUGAUCACUGCUUGUCAAGACACCAUCGCUCGCAUUUGGACCAUCCCUCAGACUGGUUUGGAGCAGUCGACCUCUGCCCCAACUGCCGCUCUCGUUGGAAACGCCAAGCGACUGAUCUCAGCAGGCUUCCACCCAUUGGCUUCUGGCGUGGCCAUCACCACCAGUGUGGACGAGGUGCGUCUGUGGGACGUCGAGAACCAGAUGUCCAUGGUAACACUGCCACCCGUGCACAAGGGCAUGCUAACCUCACUCACCUGGGACUACUUUGGACGUACCUUUGCCACCAGCUGCAAGGACAAGGCACUUCGUGUCUUUGAUCCACGCUCAAACACCAUGAUUCACCAAGUCGAUGAUCAUCAAGGUACCAAAGGUGGUCGCGCUCAAUGGUGUGGAAAGCAAGAUCUAAUCCUAACUGUUGGAUUUAACAAGCAAACUGAUCGUGAGAUCGCACUUUGGGACGUAAGAUCGAUGAAGGAGCGCGUACAGACAUUGAAGAUCGACCUCAGCCCAUCAUCACCAAUGCCAUUCUACGAUGAUGACACCAAUUUGUUGUUCCUCGGAGGCAAGGGAGACAGCUCGAUCAGAGUGUACGAGGUCAAUGGCGCCAACGACGCGCCAGUCACAUUGCUCAGCGAGAUGAAGCACACACUGCCCGCCUCGGGCAUGGCCAUGCUGCCUAAGUCAACAUGCGAUGUGAUGAAGGUUGAAGUGGCCAACAUCCUCAAGCUGUGCCCAAGUGGCCAAUUGGUGCCCAUCCGCUUUGCCACACAGCGUCAGAACACGCAGUUCUUCCACGACGACCUCUUCCCAGACACAUGGGAUCAUCAGGCCACUGGCACCGCUGCCUCCUGGUUCCAAGGUGAGGAUCAUGCUCCAGUCGUUCGCAGCAUGGACCCAUCAAAGCAAUGA